AUGGAAACUGAAGAAUCUGAAUCCACAAAUGAAGAAAUCUCAUCUAUGGAUAAUAUCACAGGUCAAAAACGAAAAAAUUCUUCAUCCUUGAAUAAUACAACACGAACAAAAAGGCGGGCACCUGUUCGUAAUUAUCUUGAAUCAACACCUACUGGAGUUAGCACAUAUUUGUCUGAGCCUGAAACUAAAGCAGAAUCACUCUUGUGGUGGAGAGCAAAUGUUAUACAAUAUUCAACACUAGCCCGAGUUGCAAUGGACUAUCUCGCAGUACAGGCAACUAGUGUACCUAGUGAGCAAGCCUUUUCCAUUGCGAAACAUACAGUCAGUCUUACCCAUAAUCGUAUUGAUCCAGAAACAGCACGCGCAUCAUUAUGUUUGAAGAGCUGGUAUACGGAAUUGGGUGAUAUAAUAAAUGUUGAAGAGCAAGAAUCUGAAUGUAAUAUUGAUAACAUUGAUAAUAUUUUUGGAGAAAGCUAA